AUGGCUCGAACAAAACAAACUGCUCGAAAAUCAACUGGUGGUAAAGCCCCAAGAAAACAGUUGGCAACAAAAGCAGCACGAAAAUCAGCACCAUCAACCGGUGGAAUUAAAAAACCACAUCGUUUUCGCCCCGGUACGGUAGCUUUGCGUGAAAUUCGUCGUUAUCAAAAAUCGACUGAAUUAUUAAUAAGAAAAUUGCCGUUUCAACGUUUGGUGCGUGAAAUUGCACAAGACUUUAAGACUGAUUUACGUUUUCAAUCGGCAGCUAUUGGUGCAUUACAAGAAGCAUCGGAAGCUUAUUUGGUCAGUUUAUUUGAAGACACAAAUUUAUGUGCAAUUCAUGCAAAACGUGUUACGAUUAUGCCAAAAGAUAUUCAACUGGCACGACGUAUUCGUGGUGAACGUGCUUAG